GGCGCGGCGCAGGGAGGGUUAACUCGCUGCCCAAGUCAGCGUCGCGCUGGGCUUGUCCGUUUCCGAUUCGAAACCCGGGAAAAAGGCACGCCUGGCGGCGGCGGAGCACACGAACAGGUUAACAUGAAAAGAGAAAAGGCCGUCAGCUGGGAGAUGGAUAGCAAGGAAAAGCUGGCCUUGGUCAACGGAAACUGCAGCGACCCACCCCCCGAGGAGAAAGACGCCCCCCCCAUAGAGGUCAAAGGAAAGAGGAAUAAUGCAGAUGCCAGUGAGGCAGAAAAUGUGGCCUGCAAGGCAAAGGAGAAGAGCAAGGCUGAUGACGUCCCCAAGGAAGGCCAGGAGGUCCCGAUGCGUGGAAGCGCUGGCUGGGAGAACAGCUUGCGGCAGAAACCGCCUCCCCGUAUCGUCUUCCAGGCUGGGCCCACCACACAGGAGAAGAAACCCAAAGAUGACGUGGAGAGUGUAGAAGGUUUCAAAGAGCGCCACAAAAUCAGGCACUCAAAGAGGCUUUCUGGAAGUUCCCAGAUAAAGUAUUUGGAGGAAGAGAACUCAUGGACUUCCCAGCAGAGCAACAGCACCAGGCUCCCAAACGGCUGUGACUACAGAGCAUUGAGAAUGGUGAAAGAAUAUCAGGACGGAAAGGAUUUUGGAAUUGGGGAGCUUGUCUGGGGGAAGAUCAAAGGCUUCUGUUGGUGGCCUGCCAUAGUUGUGUCGUGGAAGGUGACCUCCAACCGCCAGGCGGCUCCUGGCAUGCGCUGGGUCAAAUGGUUUGGGGACGGAAAGUUUUCCGAGAUCUCCGCAGAUAAGCUGGUGGGGUUGAUGGUGUUCCGGGAGCAUUUCAACCGCACCACGUUUCAGAAGAUGGUGUCCUACCGACAAGCGAUUCUUCACGUUCUAGAGGUUGCGAGCAGCCGAGCGGGCAAGAGUUUUUCCAGUGCUUCUGGGGAGUCUCUGGAGGAUAAGCUGAAGCCCAUGGUGGACUGGGCCAUCCAGGGAUUCAAGCCUACUGGAGAGAAGGGCUUAAGGCCCCCCAAGACUCCGGAGGUUAGACCCUUCCCCGCCAUCAUCAUGGAGGAUCUCGCCCCCCCCGAACCUGCCCCCCCACCCAAGCGGCUUAAGGCAAACGGCUGCAGUGGCGGCGGCGGCAAGGAACCGGUGGAGGAGAACCAAACCAGAGAGCGGAUGGUUUCGGAAGCCAGAAAUAACAAGAAGAGCUUGGAAGACAGCUGCCUGUCCUGUGGGAAGAAGAAUCCUGUCACUUUCCACCCGCUGUUUGAAGGGGGGCUCUGCAGGACCUGUCAGGACCGGUUUCUGGAGCUUUUCUACAUGUACGAUGAAGACGGGUACCAGACUUACUGCACCAUCUGCUGCGAAGGAAGCGAGUUACUCCUCUGCGACAAUGCCAGUUGCUUCAGCUGCUUUUGUGUGGACUGUUUGAACGCCUUGGUGGGACGAGGCUCGGCUGACGCUGCCCGGAAGGAAGAGCCCUGGAGCUGUUACAUGUGUCAGCCACGGCAGCGCCACGGAGUUCUGCUGCGGCGGCAUGACUGGCACACACGGCUGAAGGAGUUUUUCACCAACGAGGAAGGGCAAGAAUACGAGGUGCCAAAAAUCUACCCUGCCAUCCCAGCAGCAAAACGGAAGCCCAUCAGAGUGUUGUCUCUCUUUGAUGGCAUCGCUACAGGCUACCUGGUUCUGCGGGACCUUGGCGUCAAAGUGGACAAAUACAUUGCCUCUGAGAUCUGUGAAGAAUCCAUCACUGUGGGAACUGUGAGGCAUGAAGGGAACAUCAAAUAUGUGCACGACGUUAGAAAUAUAACCAAGAGAAACAUUGACGAGUGGGGCCCCUUCGAUCUGGUGAUUGGUGGAAGUCCAUGCAACGAUCUCUCCAUUGUGAAUCCCGCCAGGAAGGGUUUGUAUGAAGGGACUGGCCGCCUUUUCUUCGAGUUCUAUCACCUCCUGAACUACGCUCGCCCCAAAGCUGGAGAAGACCGGCCCUUCUUCUGGCUCUUCGAAAAUGUCGUGUCCAUGAGGGUCAAUGACAAGAGGGAUAUCUCCCGUUUCCUGGAGUGCAAUCCGGUGAUGAUUGAUGCCGUCAAGGUUUCUGCUGCACACCGAGCCAGAUAUUUUUGGGGCAACUUACCAGGGAUGAGCAGGCCCCUGGCGGCAUCCAAGGGAGAUAAGCUUGAACUUCAGGAUUGCCUGGAGUACAGUCGGACGGCGAAGAUGAAGAAGGUCCAGACCAUCACCACCAAGUCCAACUCCAUCCGACAGGGGAAAGCCAAGGCGCUGCCGGUGAGCAUGAAUGGGAAAGACGACAGUUUGUGGUGCACAGAAUUGGAAAGGAUCUUUGGUUUCCCCCUUCACUACACCGAUGUCUCCAACAUGAGCCGCCUGGCGCGCCAGAAGCUGCUCGGGAGGUCAUGGAGUGUCCCGGUCAUCCGCCACCUGUUUGCCCCCCUGAAGGAUUAUUUUUCCUGCGAGUAGGCUGCAGGGGUCCUCUGGUCUCCUCUGAUAACAUCCCCCGGGUGGAAGGAGAAGAGCGAAGCCCCCCCACCCUUGCCCAGUGCUGCCCCUGCCUCUCUCCAAGAGGCAGCCAGCAAAGGAGACCUCUUGCUGCAGAAAGGGUCUUUCGAUCCCUGGUGACUGUCUUCAAAGCUCGCAAGACCUUUGCGUUCCCGUCGUGCCAAAAAAUGUUUGGAAGCCGCAAAGGUAGCGUUCAUCCCUCAUUCCAGGUGGAUGAGAAGCGACGGCUCGGUGGCUGCCUGAGUGAAGGGCAGUUUUCCGACAGGCUGUGAGAAGAAAAUCCAGACUUGAAAUAGGAAGCUUGCAUGAUCCAAUCACUAAAAACUCCAACUGUAGCAUUGAGCCAGCUUGACUUGUGUUUCAUACACUAUUCGCACUGGGAAAAUGGGCAGAUGUCUUUUUUUUUUUAACAUUUUUUUUUUUGAAGAAAGUAAAACUUGUGGGGAAGAGACUUUUAGAGCUGUUCGCAGCAUGAUGGGACAAUGCAAAAAUUCCUAGAAUGGAAUUUGGCUGAAAUAAAACCAUGCCAUCAUCAUACUAAAGGGAGCGAAAUGGAACAAUAACCUUGCGACAUGCAUCUGGGUAUACUUUUAAACUACACUGUGCUUUUAAUGCAGAGAAAAGCAUUCAGGGCAUUUUACUGAAAAGAACACCUUUCUUUUCAGUGUGCUUCAAUUUCUGUCGGACAUACAUUUUUGCAGCUGUGCGAGAGCAUUUGCACAAUCAUAGUCACU